AAUUAUAUUCUUUCUCUUGUGAAAAAAUUGGGGAUAUUGCAUGUAAUUUUUGGGGGAUUAUUACUUGCUAAUUUCCGGUGAGAUUGAGGUUAAUCUCCAUUGAAAGAGUUCUUGCAUUUCUCUGCUACAGUGUUGGUUUCAGCUCCAGAAUUGUUGAAAAGGCAGAAUUCUCCUGCUAUUUUUGCGAAUUUGUGGUCAUUAAAAAUGGAGGAGAAAAGUGGAAUUAGUACAAGUGGAGUCAUGACAGUUAAGGGAGAUGAAGCUUUAGCUUCAAGAACAGAGUUUCAACAAAACUCUGGCUUUCUUCAAUUCGCGGGACCCAAGACGGUGGUGCCCCCUCCUCCGCCUCCUCCGCCUCCAGCUCCAACCACCGUGAUUCCUGGCUCAACCGCCACCGCGCCGCCGCCGUUGAUCUCCAGCUCAGGGUCAGAUCCGACGAAGAAGAAGAGAGGAAGGCCGAGGAAGUACGCUCCAGAUGGAAGUCUAAAUCCUAGGGCUUUGAAACCAACUCUCUCUCCAACUCCAAUCUCAUCUUCGAUUCCACUAUCUGGAGAUUAUCAUCAUUCUACUUGGAAACGUGGAAAAGCUCACCAGCAGCAGCAACCUCUUGAUUUCGUCAAGAAAACUCAUAAAUUUGAGUAUGAAAGCAGCCCAGCUCCUCCUCCUCCUGGGCUCUCAUACUAUGUGGGUGCAAAUUUUACAACUCAUCAGUUUACUGUCAAUGCCGGUGAGGAUGUAACGAUGAAGGUUAUGCCGUACGCGCAAGGAUCUAGAGCUAUCUGCAUUCUUUCUGCAACUGGUUCGAUCUCUAAUGUCACACUUCGUCAACCUACCACUUCAGGCGGCACUCUUACAUAUGAGGGUCGAUUUGAGAUACUAUCACUAUCGGGCUCCUUUAUGCCUACUGAAAACGGAGGAACAAAAGGUCGGUCCGGUGGUAUGAGCAUUUCUUUAGCUGGACCUAAUGGUAAAAUCAUCGGUGGUGGUCUUGCCGGUAUGCUUAUAGCAGCCGCUCCUGUCCAGGUGGUAAUGGGAAGUUUCAUUGUGAUGCAUCAAGCAGAACACAAUCAGAAGAAGAAACCUCGAAUCAUCGAGGCUUGUGCUCCACCACCACCACUACCGCAACUACAACCUCCUAGUUUCACCAUAACCACCGUGAAUUCUAAUUCUCCGGCGGUGGCCACAGCAGAGGAACCGAAACAACAACCCUACGGUGGUAGUGUAGGCAUGAGACCGAUGACUCAAAUGCCUUCUUCUUUCCAUAAUGACAUUUCAGCUAUGAACAAUUUCACAACGACCUAUCACGGAUACGCGAAUGCGAACACAGCAGGUACUAACAAAGACGAAGAUGACUAUGACGAUGGUGGCGAUGAUGAUUCUGGUGAUACUCGGAGCCUAUCUACUAGUGGUUGAGCAAUCCUCGGAUCAUCAAGGUCGGAAAGUUUUCUUGUGUAGGAAGGAAGGGACCUUAACUGGCCAAAAAGGAUUCAGCUUUUCUUUUCUUUGUCUUUUUAGAGGGGUUUUUAAGUUGUGAGUUUAUUUUUUUGGGUGUGUUUUUUUUCUAGGAUAUUUGUUUUUCUGAUCGGUGUAGAUUAAUUAUGUCGAAAUCAUCUAUUAAAAGAUGUUUUAUGG